AUGAGAGUUAUUGCAGUAAUUUUGCUAGCGGCGGCCGCGGCGGCCGAUGAGCUGUGCCCCACAGGCCAGGAGGCGAAUUCGGAGGUCGGUCGUCUGGUUGUGCAUAGCGACUGCGACAAAUUCUACAAGUGCGUUAAUGGCGAGGCCAUAGAGAUGUUCUGCCCCGACGGCCUGCUAUUCAACUCGAUGUUCCGCUUCUGCGAUUGGUCGUCUAACGUGGACUGUGGCGAGAGGAGCAUGCCGGCGGAGAAAGUGGUAACCGCCAACAUAGAAGACAGUCCGGAGCAGCCGAACGAGGAGGAGGUGGUGGAGAAGACCGAAAUCGAGUUCCUGGAGAACGGCUGCCCCGUUGACCCGGUGGUGCACUGGCUUGUGCCCGACGAGCAAAACUGCUCCAGUUUCUACUACUGCGUUUGGGGGGAGAAGGUGCGAAACGAAUGCCCCCACUCCUUGCACUUCAACAGGAACCUACAGGUGUGUGACUGGCCGCAAUACGCCGCCUGCACCGUGAGUGAAGCUGCUGUAGAGAUCACAAGCACGCCAUCUCCCGUUGAGGAGUCG